AUGGAUAUUGUUUAUCACCCCGGCAAAAAUGGGACUGAUCCCUGGGUAGAGUUCUAUCCCUACACGCCAUCUGCCACGGCUGGGUAUGCCUUCAUGGGAAUCUUUGGGGUUUCAACACUUGCCCAUAUCGUGUUCAUGUUUCCCUUCCGUGCUGCUUAUUUCAUCCCACUGAUACUAGGCGGAAUUUGCGAGACAUUCGGCUACUACGGCCGAGCAUGGUCACACCAGUCUCGAUUUGAGAUCAAGUCAUGGGCCUUGCAGGAAAUGCUCAUUCUAUGCGCACCACCUCUUGUGGCAGCCACCGUCUAUAUGGUCCUCGGCCGCAUUGUCCGCUCCUUCGGCGCUGAGCAUCUUUCAAGCAUGCGCCCCAAAUGGCUCACCUUUGUCUUUGUUAUGAAUGAUGUGCUCUGUUUCUGUACACAAUUGGGGGGUGCGGGUGUCCAAGUUACCGGGGAUCAGCAGGUGAUGUAUAUUGGCAAAAAGGUCGUUUUGGCUGGCUUGAUCUUCUCCUUAUUUGUCUUUGCCUGUUUUAUUCUGAUUGCGACCAAAUUUCAUCGACGUCUUCGAAAAAUGCCGACGCCUUUUCUGAAGGAGAACCCCAAUCUACACUGGCAGCGAUAUAUUUGGGCAAUUUACAUUUCUUGCUUUGCAUUGAUGCUGCGCAAUCUGGUGCGGACUAUUCAAUUUGGAGCCGGUCAGACAACCGAUGUCAACACCAAGGAGGCAUAUAUCUAUGCCUUUGAUGCCUUUUUGAUGUUUUUUACCAUGCUUGUAUUGCUCAUCUAUCAUCCGGGUCGGCUUAUCAAGAAGUCUCGUCGCCUGACCAAAACUCUUACGGGAGAUGGUAAUACUGAUGUACUUCUGAAUGGAUGUGAAAUGGGUCAGAGUCUUGCCAAGUGA